AUGGUAAGCUACAUUGAUGGUUUUGACUCUCAAAGGACUUGCAUGCAAAGGGCAGAGGAAGCAGAACUGAAGAGAAAAGGGCCUGGGUCUGGGAGCUGGAAUCAGCGAAGGCUUCAAAGAGAAAACCAGGCCAUCGUGCAGUACCCCAAUCUCCCCGGUGAAACGCACCGUCCCUGUAAACUAGGUCUUGCAGAAACUUCUGCAAACUCAAACCAGCAGCGCUUAGCAGGCUACGCCGCGGAGGGGCCACAAACUUCACUUGCCGCAGAGACACCACAAAACCGCACACCUACACCUGCCGCACAGCAAGGCUCGGUCUACACAUACUUCACAAUUAUUCCGCAGGGAAUUAGCGGACAUUUCACUAGUACUGUUAACACGUUCAUGGCACAGACGGGUAAACUGAUCGCCGCACAGCUAAGCCCCCGGCUCCUUCAGGACGGAGCCGGCCCCGAGCGCCCACGCGCGCCUGUCACUCACCGUCCGUGGAGGCCGCCCCUGCCGCCAUCUUGGAGCUCUCCUCCCCUUCCCGCAGCUUCCAGAACCCUCUUUCCCACCCUGGGAAGCCCGUCCCGGCCCUUCUUGGAGUGCGCCGCCGUCUCGCCCUCCCGAACCUGCUCGGGUCCGUGGCUCGCGCCUGCACGCCAGGCCGCGCCACCUCACAGCCACCCACCCUUCUGCUCCCACCAAAUGGUGACGCCCGUCCCGCCUCCCCGGGGGUCCCUAGGCCCUGAGGCUCCUCGUUCGCCCUCACACCAACCUUCAGGGACAGAGAAGACAACCCCAGCCUGGCCGGCCACCGGCUCCACACCGGCAGCGUCGGGAACACGCAGGCGGCAGCUGGCGGGAGCGAGCGGAGCGGCACAUUUGCCUACGGAAGUAGCCCUCAGAGGCAUGAGGAACCUAAAGCAGCCCUGUGGCAGUCUCAACUUCCACUUCAAUGGAAUCUUUGCUGUGUCUCCUGCCACAGAACAAAAAGAAACCCAUGAAAGCAAGAUUGUUUAUAGCCAGAGUCAAAAGGAGAUCCUCGAAGCAUGGUUUCAACAUGACCCUCACCCUGAUAAAGCUACCAAGGAACGACUGGCCAAAGAAAUUGGUGUUCCAGAAUCUAAAAUUACGCGUUGGUUUAAACAGCGCAGAGCAAAACAGAGACAGCUGGAGUCUGAAUGCUGCUUAGAACAAGAUCAGACGCAGGAGCACAGCCAGCCGCAGCAUUGCUGUCAGGAAUACACACCCAAUGAAGACCAGGCAUUCAUCACGAAAACUCAAAGAAACAAACUGGUUGAAGCCUUUAAGAGGAACCCAUUCCCUGAUACUGUUAGCAGGAAAAAGCUGGCUAGACAAACAGGCCUUCGGGAAUCAAGAAUUAUGGCGUGGUUUCGGAAACAAAGAUCUCUGUAUCCUGAGCAGAACCCAGGGGAGCCCUUGGAUCUCUCGAUAACUGGCCCAAACUGGAGACCAGAUCUGAGUGUUCAGCAGCACCAAAUUGACAUGUGCUCUCUCCCAGACAGGUCUCCUCAUUUUCCCUCCUCCAAUGCUCUCAGCAGCAACCAAACAUUUCUGCUUGUUCAUCCUCCAUCCCAUGAGUCCUCUGUUCCUCAGGAUCCCUUGAGGGUCUGUUUGAGCCAAGGACCAAAUGUCAGGAUUAUGCAGCCCACUCAGGCUGUGCAGGAAGGAGAGGACUCUGACCAAUCUCUGACACUUAGGAAUCACUUGCCGACAUUGCCAACUCAGGGAGAGGACUUCUCAGAUAUUCAGACUCCUUUCCAGUCUCCAUACCAAGAAUGCCCAAAUCACGAAGAACACAGUGGCACCAGUGUUCAGUUAGAAGACUAUUGGCAGCCUCCGCCUGAGCACAAAGAACAACAAUCUUGGUAUCUGGGUCCUGAGAAUGACAUAUCUUUCAUUGUGCAAUGGUGGGAUGAGAUCUGCCAGGCUCUAAUUGCAGAAUGGGACCCUCACAAAGGGACACACUGA